GGAUCAAUCUAUGUUCUAACUUGUUCUUCAAGAAGUGCGUCUUGUAAAGCGAAAAGAAGAGCAAAAGCAACUGUUUCUUCUUCGAUUCGCAGAUCAAUCAGCUGGGUUUUGAUUCCGUUCUGCGAAGGACUUGAGUGGUUUUUACAGAUUGAACGUAAUCACAGAAGACGAAGAUGUUUCUUACCAGGACUGAGUAUGACAGAGGAGUCAACACUUUUUCUCCUGAAGGAAGGCUAUUCCAAGUCGAAUAUGCCAUUGAAGCUAUCAAGCUUGGUUCUACUGCAAUUGGAGUAAAGACUAAAGAAGGAGUUGUGCUUGCUGUCGAGAAGCGUAUCACUUCAACAUUGCUGGAACCGAGCAGCGUGGAGAAGAUUAUGGAAAUUGAUGACCAUAUUGGCUGUGCUAUGAGCGGUUUAAUUGCUGAUGCGCGUACACUUGUUGAGCAUGCGAGAGUUGAGACUCAAAACCAUAGAUUCUCAUAUGGUGAGCCGAUGACUGUAGAGUCUACUACACAAGCGUUAUGUGACCUUGCUUUACGGUUUGGUGAAGGAGAUGAAGAAUCAAUGUCUCGGCCAUUUGGAGUAUCACUUCUCAUUGCUGGUCAUGACGAAAACGGGCCGAGCUUGUACUACACGGAUCCCUCAGGAACAUUCUGGCAGUGCAAUGCAAAGGCCAUCGGUUCAGGCUCAGAAGGAGCUGACAGUUCUCUUCAAGAGCAAUUCAACAAAGAUUUGUCUCUACAAGAAGCUGAGACGAUCGCUGUGUCUAUCCUCAAGCAAGUUAUGGAAGAAAAGGUGACUCCAAAUAACGUGGAUAUUGCCAAGGUAGCACCAGCUUAUCAUCUCUACACUCCACAAGAGGUCGAAGCAGUCAUCGCUCGUCUAUGAUGAAAAAAUCUCAAUUCGGGUAAUUUACCUAUCCGCUUGUGUCACAAAACUUGUUACUUCUGUCUGUUAGAUUGAGGAUUCAUAUCAGAAUUUUAGUCUGUUCUGUAAGAGAAUAUUUGUCCCCCAUGUUAUUCAAUAACAUCUCUCGGAUAUAUGACUUGAAAAUUUCCUAUCUUACAACUUGCGUUUGUAUUGUAAUUUUAGUCUGUUGUAAGUUGCUCUUAGCU